AUUCAAGGCCUCUGCCAGAUGUAGCCCUGACGGGGAAGUGCACCCGCGAGUGUGACGAAUAUGGCCACUCGGACUCCUGCUGGAUGCCAGUUCGUACUUCACCUGAAAGAAAGCAGAAGAGCCAGCCAAAACUCUCCACUUUCAUGCCUGUUGAUGAACGGGGCAGUCAGGAAAAGCUGGCCAAUGGAGAAGCCUCCCUCAUGGGUGAUCGCAACAGAAACCUCCUUAACAAAAAGUUGACCUCAUCCUAUGAGACCUUCAGUGCGGCUAGUUUCAGUAAAAAUGAAGAAGGCAAUCCAGAGGAUAUCCCCCUUACACAGACAGGGGAAUACAAGCCAUCUCCUGUCAAUACACUCACUAGAAGAGAAGUUUACCUGUAG